AUGCAGGCGGCGCCUACCUGCCAGGUUUGCAGCUGCAGGAUCGCUUUUUCGAAUUCGAGGCGCAGACUCCACAAGCGAGGGCACGCGAUCGCCAACAGCACCGUUCACAAGGCGGAUGACGAUGGCAUCAGCUGGUCGCCUGGUGGAGCUGCCCGCUCACAAGGGUUCCCCGGGCCAGCGACGUCGGAGGCAGCUUUCAACCUCGCGAGUGGUCAGCAGACAAUGAAAGUUGGUAAGUACAAAGGCAAGACUUUCACGGAGAUUUACGCGCAGGACCCGCAGUAUUGCAGAUGGGCGUGCGAAAUUGCAUUGACGGGAGAGAAGACAACCGACUCGCUCAAGAUCUUUGCUGCUUUCGUGCAGCACAGGUGGCUUUUAGCCAUUCGUGAUCUGUUUCGAGAAUCGCGACCAAACAGCUUGAGAAGCCAUCGCUUCGUCCCUGGCUCGGCUGUGGGUCUGGAGAUAUUGUCGUGCCCUACAAACACAAAUGGGCAGUUCUCGCGAAUACACACAGUAUGGUCCUAUAUGAAAGUAUCCGCAGCAUGUUCAGUCUGCGACAUGCAUGAUCUGCUGCAUUCGCGUAGCCUCUCGAGUCUCAGUAUAUGUGUGGCCUGUAGUUUAUCCGCAGCAUCCGUUACAUGCGACUAUCUGGUUAUAUCUGUGUGCAUCAUGAUCUGGGCAGUCUUCGUAGUCGCAGCAUGUUGA